AUGGAUGUCCAUGGGGGGGCAAGGACAUGUGAAGAAGCUGCUAAAGGUGGUCAUUUUGAUAUUCUGAAGUGGGCUGGUGCAAAUGGUUGUCCAUGGGAUGAAGAUACAUGUGCUGGAGCUGCCCAAAUUGGAGAUUUAGAAAUGCUCCAGUGGUUACGAGAGAAUGGUUGUCCGUGGAGUCGAGAUACAUGUGAGGCUGCCGCUCUAAACGGUCAUUUGGAAAUUCUAAAGUGGGCUCGUGGAAAAGGUUGUCCAUGGAGUGCAUACACAUGUUCCGCUGCUGCUGGAAAUGGAGAUUUGAGAAUGCUCCAAUGGCUGCAUGAAAAUGGGUGUCCAUGGGAUGCAGAUACAUGUACCUAUGCUGCUCAGAAUGACCAUUUGGAAGUUUUGAAGUGGGCUCGUGAAAAUGGUUGCCCAUGGCAUGAAGAGACAUAUUGUAAUGCAGAAAUGAAUAACCAAAGCGAAGUGAUGCAGUGGCUGCGUGACAAUGGCUGCCCUGGGUCUCACAAUGACGAUGAAGGACACUAA